AUGGAACUACAAGAACGCGAAAUAUUAAAAUUAUACGAAGAAUGCUCUGUCACAGGAUUGUCAUCUGGCUUAAGUAAAGAAGAAAAAGAGUAUUUUUGGCUGCAGACCCGAAUUUUAGGGUGGAGAAUAGAUGAUGCAGUAACAAAAGAAACAGUUUAUGAUUUGUAUAAAGAAACACUAAAGAAGCACAAGAAGAUUUUAGAAGUAAUUGAGAAAACAGACAAAAAGCUAUUGCUUCACUAUUUACAAGCAGAUCUGUCUGUGGAAGAAUUAGAAAAUGUACUAUUGCAUAUUUACAACAAAUAA